AUGGUCAAACGCAAGAGAACCGAUACCCCCAAGGAGGACAAGACGGCUGGUACCCCUCCCAAGAUUACCAAAUCCGUCCCUACUGUCUCGGAGACUCCCAAUGCAGCUCUCACUAUCCAAGUGGUUACAGGUUCUUAUGAGCGGGUGCUCCAUGGCUUCACGGUCGGAAUCCCAGCCUCUAGCCUGAAAGCAAAGGAUGAGGCUGACCCCUCGGCCAUCCAAUGCAUGGAUACUUUCUUAUUCGAAGCCCAUGGAUCUGCAAUUCGUUGUCUUGCAUUGUCGCCACUACCUAAAUCCACCGACUCUGUCGAUGCCCAAAAGGUGAUGCUGGCCAGUGGUAGUACAGAUGAGCGUAUCAACCUGUACUCAAUCUCCGCUGCACCCCCUGCCGUGAAUGAAGACUAUCCGUCUGUGCCGACCUUCGCCGGAAACAAGAUUCUCGAAAACCCCCGGAACCGUGAGCUAGGAACAUUGUUGCAUCACACUGCCAGUAUUACCUCGUUGAAUUUCCCUUCGCGAACCAAGUUGCUCGCAGCUGGAGAGGACAACACAAUCUCCGUUUCCAAGACCCGUGACUGGACCGUCGUAUCAACUAUCAAAGCACCAAACCCAAAAAUUCAAGGUCGACCAAGCGGUGACACGGCGCCUCCCGGAGCUGCUCCUUCUGGAGUGAACCACUUUGCGGUUCAUCCCAGUAUGAAGCUGAUGCUGAGUGUCGGACGAGGAGAGAGAUGUAUGAGAUUGUGGAACCUUGUAACCGGCAGAAAGGCUGGUGUGUUGAACUUCACCAGGGAGAUCCUACAGGGUGUCAAGGAGUCGAGAUGGAGCACUGGAGAAGGUCGACGCAUUGCAUGGGACUCCGCGGGAGAGGAGUUCGCCGUUGCUUUCGAAUGGGGUGCAGUCGUGUUCGGAAUCGACUCGAUUCCAAGAUGCAGACUUAUUCCUGGCCCACGGAGCAAACUCCACCAGAUGAAGUAUGUUUCUUUGCCUUUGAAGGGCAAUGAAAAGGAAGAUUUCUUGGCCGUCUCUACGGAGGAUGGCCGAGUGAUCUUCUAUUCGACCAAAGAACUGAAAAAAGCGGAGGAUGACACCGAAUGCUCAAUUCCCCAUGCCACCGCUGUUGCUCAGCUUGGUGGAAAGCAAGCUGGGUUCCCUGGUCGCAUCAAGGAUUUCGACAUCCUCACUCUUGAAGAUCAAGCAAAGGAAUUCCGCAACGACUUCUUGGUCGUCACCGCCAACAGUGACGGCGUCGUCCGUGUUUGGAAGGUUGCUGGAAAAGAAGUUGUUGCAGCAAAGCAAGAAAAGGAUACAACUCAGUUUGGAAAGCUCUUGGCCACCAAUGAAACUGGCAACCGUAUCACAUGCAUGGCUUCCUUCGUCAUGUUGCCUGCGGAGGAUCCAUCUACACUGAUAGACUCUGAAGACGACUCUGAAGAUGAAGUGGAGUCAUCGAGUGAUAGUGACGAUGAGUAA